UUAUUCUCUCUCUCUCUCUCUCAAUUCAAAUCCUAAUUCCCAAAAUUUCAAGCUUAUAGUGAUGAUGAGGAAGUUGGAGAAGCGUUCUCUAUCUGCAAAUCCUGAUUGCAACCACCUUGAACGGUUGUUCCGGUACUUCGACGAGAAUGGUGACGGCAAGAUAUCACCGACGGAGUUACAAAGUUGUGCGAGUGCUGUAGGUAGCGAGUUGUCUGCCGAAGAGGCAGCGGUGGUGGUUGGAUCGUCGGACUCGGACGGUGACGGGUUGCUCGGGUUCGAUGAUUUUGUGAGGUUGAUGGAAGGGGAUGGAGAGGAGGAUUUAAGGGAAGCAUUUGGGAUGUAUGCGAUGGAUGGGUGUGACUUUAUAACGGCGAAGAGCUUGAAGAGGAUGCUGAGUCGACUCGGUGAGUCGAAGACGACUCGUGAGUGUAAAGGCAUGAUUAGCGUCUACGAUUUGAAUGGUGAUGGCGUGCUUAGCUUCGAGGAGUUCAGAAUUAUGAUGCGUUGAAUAA